AUGUAUUUUAUAAAGUAUUUCGUUGGUAUGGUUUUGAUUCAUACUCAAUUCACUUACGCCCGCUUAAAUCACAUUCAAAUCGGCGCUAAUCUAACAGAGUUUAUGCAAUUGCAACGCCAAAGGCGCAGCUUAAUUUUUAAUGGCAAUGGACUAGUUAAGAUUGAUGCCGGUGUAAUAGCUUCGAUAAAUUUAGAUGAUCCCGUCGAUUGGCGUUCCAUAGUUUCUAUAAAUAAUAUCCAAGGUGGCUUCUACCCUUUACCAUAUGAGCCACUCUAUCCUUGGGAUAAAUGGGAGGACAUUUUUGCACGUUCUUUGAAAAAUUUACUCCCAGGGUCUAACUAUGAAACAGAUGAUUCACGAAAAUUUGCUUACGCAGCUAUAGAAGCACUGAUGCAGCUACAGCAUGGUAAUGGACAUAAAUGUUUGCUGCGUUCCAUUUGUAAAAAUGCCCAAGUAGAUGAGCAUGUGGGAAUAUUUUCGGAGAUAAUGGAUGUUGUUUUAAGCCCUGGAAGAGAAGAUAUCGAUGUUGUUUACAUGGAAGCUUUUCAAGCUGGAAAAUCAGGUGCAGAUUGCUUACGUUUAUAUGCUGAAUGUCGAGUUAGUUCCAAUUUUUUAGACCAAUAUUUGGAUUACGUAUAAAUAGAAAUA